AUGGAGUCUGCGAUAUCCCAACCCCCGCCGGGCUCGAUUCUUACAGGCAAACAAGAGCAUUACCUCAAGCGCGAGCUCAUAUCCCACCAGACACAGUGGGAGAUCCGCGAGCUAUCACAUCCCACCGCCCUCCAGCGAUUUGGGGCUCCCUUCCGCUCAGACAAGGGCGAGGUUCCGCCAGAGGAAUCAGAACUGCCAUUGCUACGAUACAUCUUCGUCCACCAUGUACGAAACUUUCCAUUCCUCAAUCAGGCCAAGGAGAAGGAGUUCUGGCAGGAUAAGCUGCAGACCUUCUUGGAAAGCUUUGCAACAAAACACAUCUCUUCAGCGGAGGAUCGGCUGGAGCAGACCAAAAGAGCAAAGUUGGCUCAGAAAGCUACGAAGCUCGUGGAGCUGAUGAUGGUUUCUGGAAUACCCACAGCUUCAGGAUAUGAAGAGCGCAUACGCUUCUCCGAAAUGGAGGUGGUUGAAAGAGGCGCGAACGAAAGUGGCCUUGUCGUCAACAUGCCAGAAGGACACAUGAUUAACGGCUGGGACGUCAACGUUGCUGGUGUUCGCUUGAUCAGCGUCAAGAGGCAUGUGCGGCAUCAUAAGCAUGCAGAGUUCUUACUGCGGGUGAAGCGUAACGAUGAGGGUGAGAUAUACGUCGCCAGGAGAUUCGGCGACUUCUCUCGAAUGCACAAAAAGCUGCGCUUAGAGCUGCCUGGCAAAGUCCUGCCACCACUCCCUAGGAAGAACAAGGCACAGUCGAUCUACAGCGGUCGGGACGAUGAUGACACUGACAGUCUCUCCUCCAUAUCCACCCAGGGCACAAUCGCUCCAACCCCAGACACCCCCGAACAAGGCGGUGGCUUCCGCGCCUACCUCUCUUCAUGGACUGGUAGCAGUACACCAAGCAGCAGACAUAGCCGCAACGCAUCUCGAGUAUCGCUGGCCGCUCCCUCUCCUCGCCCAUCGGUCGAAUCGUCCAGAGAGCUUACUACGAGUUCAGCUCCAGAGCCUAUUGCCGACACAGUCUUGCACAGAGAAGAACAACGAGUCUCGCUCAGGGCAUUCCUGCGCAACUUUCUUCAAAAUGAAGCAAUUGCCAACUCAAAAGCGAUGCAUGACUUCUUGGCGGAAGACCCUAUCAAACCGACCGACGAAGAGAAAUAUGACAUUGAACGAAGGAAGCACAUGGACGAGAAACGUCUGGAAGAGCAGCGACAAUUCUUCGAGAUCGCGAGACAACGUGCAAGAGAGCUGGACGUGCAUAUGGAGAAGUUCAGACGCAGCGUUGUCGAGAGCAACGGACUGCGAAAUCUGUUUGCCGAGAUCAAGAGGAAGGAGAAGAUCGCAGACCUGGAUCCUGAGUACAAGAAAUUUGCCGAAUGGCUUCGGAUAGAGGUCGCUGCGACACUGUACCACCUGUUCCUCGCCGAAGACAACUCUCCAGAGCUUUUUGCCCAAUUCAAGCGGAUACAUAGCUUGGUCCCGUACACGGCCUUGAAGCAGGUCAUUCGGUUCACGAAUCCGGCCGCGGUCAUGGCCAGCGUCCUUGACAUCUUCAUGGCUCAACCUCUUGGAACGAAGUCGCUGCUCCAACGAAUCUUCGGUCUUGCUGUGGGUGACGGCAUUCGGACUCUGCAAAAGUCAAUAGACAGCCUGACCACAAAGAUCGAUGAGCCAGACUAUACGGUGAAGAUCAAGAACUAUAUCGAAGCUGACGAGGACAUCAAAGAAACAGUGAAGUUAAGCGCCAAGGAGGAGCAAGUGGAUCUGCUUAUCAAGGUCCUUCAGAGUGACGAGAUCGAGCCUGAGUUGUCAAGUGAACAGAUUGGCAGAGCUUUCAAUGCCUACGUGGCUUGGGACAAUGCCGUUGAGAAUGUUGACGAAGAAAUGCGCCAAGGCGCAGAGCUGUUUGCACGAUUGAAGCAGCUCCUGAAGCUUCAUACUCGACAAAGGGACAAGCGGAUGAUGCUGGAAAUGGUGGAAGAGUCGAACACAUUACGACUGUUCCGCGAUCUCUUCACCAUCUUCUACGAACCACUUGUGCGCGUGUACAAGAGUGCGAACGUGUACAACAGCGUCACAGACUUUGCACGCUUCGCAGACGACGCUAUCCAAACGAUCGAGAAGGCGCAGCGUCAAGACGUCUCUGCGGAUCCCAACCAAACCGUCCAGAGCUUCAUCGACCUCUGCGAAAGACACGAAGAAGACCUGUACAAGUUCAUCCACGAAGUCCACAUGCACGACAACGGCCUCUUCGACAAGCUGAUGAUCUGGAUCGAAGGCAUUCUCGACUUCCUCCGCAAUGGCCCCAAGGGUGGCAAGCUGGACAUGAACGCCCUCUUCCAAGGCGCACUAGAAAUGAAACAAGUCGAUCGGGACAUCGUCUUGCAAGAGAUCAACAGCCUGAUCAAAUGGCAAACGGCCCGCAAGCGAUGGCACUCAGACAAGACCCGCCAGAAGAUGGCUUCCGGUGGUCAAGAAUCCGACGCAGUAGCCGGUCUGUCAGCUACCUUCAAGCCGGACGACUUCGGCCUGAACCCAAUGGACUUACAAGACCUGAACAUGGACGACGACGACGACGAGUUCUCCGAAUCCGGCGACGAGGAAGAAGCCGACCCCAUCGCCGCCGAACGCAAACGUCGCCAGAAGCGACAGGAUAUGCUGAAGCGGACGGCGGGCGAGCCGCUCAAGCCAGACAUCUCCGAGGUGCAUAAGAUGAUGCCGCAGUUCGUGGCGAUGUUGCGCAUGGUGUUGGCGGAGUAG